GACGACCACAACAAGAUGACGACAAUGGAGGACGGGCAGCUGGGGCCUGACCCCGGGGCGCUGAGCCCCGAGCAGCUGGAAAAGCUGCGCGACUACAAGAUUCAGACGCGGAUUGCUAACGAGAAGUACCUAAGAUCCCACAAGGAAGUGGAGCUGCUGCUAAGUGGUUUCUACAGAGAAAUGUUUCUGAAAAGGCCAGAAAACAUCCGAGAAUUUGCUGCAGACUAUUUCACGGAUCCAAGACUUCCCAACAAGAUUCACACGCAGCUAAUUAAGCAGAAGAAAGAGGCUUAAUUAGCAGAAUCACGAUGCUCAGCUGCUGAGGGAGACCAGAAAGGAUCCAGCCCGGGGGGCAUCUGGAAGUGAGAGUCUGUUGUCAUCAGUGUGGGUUUCCAAGCUGCCUUGGGCUCUGUCUACUUUGCAAAGGCUUUUAAAGAUACUCAUUAAAAACAGACCUUCCUGCUGUC